AUGGCACUCUACAUCAACCUCCUCAACGACGACAUCCUGCUCAUCAUUCUCUCCUAUCUCAAGAAGCGAGACCUCUGCGCCUUGUCGCUCACCUGCAAACACUUCCAUACGAUUUCCUCUCCAAGGCUCUGGACGGCCGUUUUGAUAAGCCGGGAUUUCUCUUUCUCCUGGUGGCAUGAGAAUAUCGGCACCAACGCUCGUUAUGUCCGUGAGAUGGUGAUAUAUGUUAGCGAAAAGGCAUCUACGCUCCCCGAUGUCUUGUUUGCAACCAAGAACAUCCGUUCCCUCGAGAUAUCCUAUUCUUCUCUGCAUUCUGACGACCCGCGUCUUUCUAUGGCUCUUGUGCAGCUGUGCGAGCUACGCACACUCUCUUGCACCUGGGUCCAGGACAAAAUGCUGCCGACGAUCCAAAGCAUUCACUCUCCUAAUCUCACAAGCCUCCGUUUGAGGUAUCAAUAUCAACGAUGUGGAAACUUCUCCGCCCACCUCCCCUCCCUCAUCUCCGCCAUCAGAUCUUUUCCUCGCCUGUACGAUCUCGAUCUAGAGGACCUUCAGCCGGCGAUUGCUAUCGACAUUGCCAGCUACCCGCCAUUCACCUCCAUCCGGCAGCUCACCCUCACCGACGUCACUGAGCCUGCGACGGAUCUUAUUUGCCUCUGUCCCAAAGUGACCUCCCUGGAACUUGAUCUCUACUGCCCCUUGCCAGAGGAGCUUGACAAAUUCGAUCAAUGUCGACCAACAUGGCACCUCUCAGCGCCGAUCCCCCGACUCGCCCUUUCGGUUCCGUGCACGGAGGUCAGGGACAUCAUGGUUCCACUGCUGAAACGGCGAGCCUUGCGCGCGACGCACGUGCAACUCGCCAUAUUCUGGGAUUUCAUGGAGGACGGUAUCUCGUUCACGCAGGGCGAAUACGCGUCCCGACUGACACGCGUUCUCGACGUGCUCCAGCCGCACUCCCUCCACCUGGAGAUAUGCGUGACGUGGGGUGCUAAGCCGUCUGAUUGCACGGGGACUCUCUGGCAAGAGGUCGCAGCAGUCGCCCCGCACCUGCGUGCGCUCGUGCUCUGUGUCGACUCUAGCGACCCCUGUGACGAUUACGACCCCUAUGACGAUGACGACCCCUAUGACGAUGACUAUCCUUAUGGCAGGGGGCCGCCGUUGUGGACGCCCACGGACGCUCUCGUGGAGGAUCUCGCCCGGCUCCCGCUCGUCUGCGUCCAUCUCAAGGCGGACCCAGAAUGGUUCCGGUGGAAGGGGGACGGGGAUCACCAACGCCUCCACGCCCUCGCCGAGUUCCCCUGGGAGCUCGCCGCGGCCAUUCCCACCCUGCGCGUGGUGGGCGUAUCGGAUGGGUGGUCCUUCGCGAAGGGCGAGCGAUCGACGCGGUGGUGGCGCGUCGAGUGCGACGACGGCGACGACGACGACGCGUCGUGGUGGCUGGUCGAGCUCUGGCGCGAGGACGGGGAGCGGGCCCUGCGACUCGCGCAGGACGAGGCGUUUUGCAUGUCCGACCUUGACGACAUCUACUUGGACAAGUGUCGCUACGUGCGGGAGCGCAAGCGCGUUACCCCCCUUUUAAUCGCGGCCUUCCUCCAUUGCAAGGACGCUGUCCAAUUAUACAUGUGCACGAAGCGCAAGCGCGUUACUACCCCCGUUUCAAUCGCGGCUUUCCUCCACAAGUACACUGUCCAAUUAUACACGCGGACGGUGCUCCGCAUGUGGAGUGCCGCAAAGCGUGCAGUGUCAUUUGGGAAGGAGGAAAAGAUUCCCUAG